CUUCCGAAACGGCAAUGCUGAAGCGCAUAGCGGCUUGCGAAGCGAGAGUUGCAGACGACAACGGCAAGCCUCUGCCACGGGCUAACCUGGAUUUAACUCCGGUCGCUACGGACGUCCUUUAGGAAACAGCUCUUUGCUUUCAUGUUCGGCGUUCCUGUCGCGCUCGGUCUGCGCUGAAAUCGGAGGGGACAGUGGCGGGCGAAGGGCCAUGCGGUGGGAAAGAGCUGGGAGCCGGGGAAGCCACUGAGCACCACUACACGCGCGCUUGGCUGGGAGGGGAAAUCGUGCGUCUGGAAAGAGAAAACAAGCUCCAAGUUGGAAGGCAGGAGGGAACCGAGCCUGCUUUGUAAACGCUCUUUGUCAAAGCCCUUCCGCGGCUUCCAACCGUAUGGACGGAGUUUGGGAUUGAAUGGUUGUAGAUCGAACGAAACCAGUUUAGCAAAGCUAGUUUGAUCCCCUUCAGCUGGCACCAAAGAAGUCACUUGUUUCCUCUGGAUUCCCCUGCAGCCGAGUGCCUGGCAACUCAUCGGAGAAAACUCGUUUUGCUCCACGAACCUUUGGAGAGGAGAGCCUGGCACCGCACUCCAUUGAAUGUUUAAGUUUCGAGAAGAGGGGCGUUUGGGAAGCAGGCUGGUGGGAUUUCCUUCUGUUCCGGAAGGAAGAUUUGGCAAUUGCUGGGUGCUUGUUGCUGGAGAAAAGAACACAGAACUUGGCCUCUCCAGGCAAAAGGGAGUUGGAGAUCAAGGACAGGGGGAAGCCCUUCUCCACUGGGCAUGAGUUCUCCAAGGUUUUAAGACUUGUCACACGCUGCCCUAUGGAUCUAACUUAGCAGGGCGGUGCUUUCACGUGGAUUUGCCAUUUGGAUACGACUUCAGAUGCAUGCCAGGUUCCUGGUGAAUGCCAGAAGUAGAGAUUACUACAGAUGGAGUCCCAAGGUCAACAUGGCAGUGGCAGUUCAUUAGUUGUCCUUCAGCAGCCUUCUUUGGAUAGCAGACAAAGGGUAGACUAUGAAAGAGAGGUCCAGCCAACAGCUAUCUUGUCACUGGACCAGAUCAAGACCAUCAGGGGCAGCAACGAGUACACCGAAGGCCCAUCUGUGGUAAAAAGGUCUGCUCCACGGACAGCACCUAGACAAGAAAAGCAUGAAAGGACUCAUGAAAUCAUACCAAUUAAUGUGAAUAAUAACUAUGAGCCCAGGCCCAGCCACCCUGGACACUUACUGCAUCAGGCUCCUAACUCAAGGGCUCCUGUGUUGAGCAGAUCUACAAGCACUGGGAGUGCAGCUAGUUCUGGAAGCAACAGCAGUGCAUCUUCAGAGCAGGGCCUGCUGCUAAGGUUACCCCCAUCUAGGUUAGGGCCCAGCCACAGAUCUGAAAGGCCAAUCUGGACGCAGCCCAAGCCGUCAUCUCUGAUUGUAGAUGACCUGACGGGUCCCUUGAAAGAGGACUUAACGCAGUACAAAUUUAUCUGUGAACAGUGUGGGAAGUGCAAAUGUGGAGAGUGCACCGCACCCAGGGCCUUGCCGUCCUGCUUGGCCUGCAACAGGCAGUGCUUGUGCUCAGCAGAGAGCAUGGUGGAAUACAGCACCUGUAUGUGCCUGGUCAAAGGGAUCUUCUACCACUGUUCCAAUGAUGAUGAAGGGGACUCUUAUGCGGAUAAUCCUUGCUCUUGUUCCCAGUCACAUUGCUGGUCUAGGUACUUAUGCAUGGGAGCCUUAUCCUUGGUUUUGCCUUGCUUGCUCUGCUAUCCUCCUGCAAAAGGAUGCCUAAAACUGUGCCGAGGGUGUUAUGACCGGAUCAAUCGUCCAGGUUGCCGAUGUAAGAACUCCAACACGGUUUAUUGUAAGCUGGAAAGUUGCCCCUCUAGGGGUCAAGGCAAGCCCUCAUGAUUUGUGGAGGGAGAUGUUCAGUCCUCAGACUCUUUCAGGUUGUGGCUGGCUUUUCUGUCUUGAUUUCCCCCAAUUCUUCCGUUCUUCCUCUAAUGUUGAUACACAGGUUCUUUCUUUCCUGCGCUGUAGUUUCCUUCAACAAAGGCAAAUCUGAGUGUUUCCUUGGUCUUUGAAAAGUGUAGCCUACAAGUUUUGUCUUGGCAAGUAGUCUCAGGCUUGUGAGUAAUCCACUCCUGAAAGAAGUAACGAGGGUAAUGGGCAGUUCUGAAGCCUUAUUACUCUGCAAACAACUUUCCAAAGAUGCUAUUUUGUUCCCUGCAACUCCUUUUUCCCCACCUGCCCCCAACUUUCUUAAUGCCUUCCGAGCAAUUAUUUCAAGUUUUUUUUUCAUGAAAGAGCUGGAUCAUGAACCUUUUUUUUUUUAAAGGAAGCAUUUGGUAUAGUUGGUUUAGAAUUUAGUAAACCUUGUAUCUUCUCUUCUUGGUGUAUCCAGCCUACUUUUUUCCCUUCCUACUUUUAAAUUUCUCUAUUCAGUGUCAAAGAAUCCUUAUUUAGAUUGGCUCCCCCCCCUUUGUUGCCACCUAGAAAGAUCUGCACGCUGCAGAUAUAAUGGCUUCAGCUUGGUUCAUUAGUUUCUGUAGUCUUUAUAUAUGUGCAGGCUCUUUAAAAAAAAUCCCUUCUUUUGAAACUAAAGUUGUUGGUUUCUGCACAUCUGAAUAAUAAUCUUUGGGUAUCAUAAAUUUUAAGUUGUAUAAACAUUCUUUAGUCUCUAACAUUUCUGUAUGUCUGUGGUUUAACAACAUUUAACUCAAACCUAUGCUUGGUAACUUUAGCCCUCUCUGUUUUUAUUGCCUUAGCCACAAAUUGUGGUGCUUUUUUGUAUAUUUUAUGUAUAAAACACAAAGUUGAAUUCUGACUAUUUUUAAGACAAAGGUCUGUCAAAACUUUUUUUAUUGUAAAGAAUAUUUAUUAUGUGAAUCUUUAUUAUUUUAUGAUAUUUAUUAUAAAGAACUGUUCCAAAAAUGUACUCCUGUCUGAAUAUAACAAAAUAUCAAUACUUAAUGAAAAUAAGGGUGACACAAAGAAAGUACAUAUGUUAAACUAUAAUGCAGAAAAUAUAAUAAUUAA